AGUGACAGUGGUCGCUUGCGUCUAGUAUCACAGGUUGUGGGAGCAGGUAGGUUUCUUUCUGUUUUACAAUAAUUGAUGCUGUUUGCAGUUGUAUUAAACAAAGUAGUAAUUUGACAUGUUUAUUUCGUUUUUGAAUCGCUAUUCCUGCAUUUUCAAUUACAGUGCUUAGAAUACUUGCGAAGUAAACGGUCCAGUCUGGACAGCCGUAUUCAAGUGCGCAGCAUAUAAUUAUUGUUGCCUGGACAGCUUCACUGUCAUAUGGUACAGACAGCUCAGAUAGCCUACUGUCGAUAGUGCGUUAUUAUUCAGUUUUAAAUAGAACCGUUUUUCCCUCAAGGUUUAUUGAUCAAAACAGCCUAGUUAAAGUUAUAAACUAUUCGUGUUUUAGGAGAAACUGCACGCUUUGUCUUUCAACUUUUUUUGCCAGUGACAACCAUAUCCCUACAGUUGUAGCCUAUACAUUGUAUAUUUUGGGGAACUAUAAUUGUACGGUAGCCUACAGUAUUUAUUUGUACGGUCAGUGUGAGUGGCAGUGAAGGUGCUUAUGCAUGGAGCCUUUGUGUGACCUGUGACGUCGGCCUAAAUGCCAGAUUGGGGAUGGGAGAUUAGGAAAGUGCAGGGUAAAGCAGCUGCCUGACGGUCUGUUCACCACCUUACAUACACUCACAAAGAGGUAUAUGUUUAGGAUGUGCUCACUGGAGGUCACAGGGGCAGAGAGAGGACGGUUGUUUCUGCUGUUGGACAUGUGGGAUCAGGAAUCCACUAUUUUGUCUAUUUGACUCAUUGACCAACUAUUCAACAAAUGCUCCAUCUCUCUCUCUCUCUCCAGUUUCUUCUUGCUUUGAUGUCUACUGCAUUGCGUUUGCUUUACUGCUCCAGGCCAGGUAAGACUAGCCACCUGUAAAUCAAAUUGCAUUCAUGGGGGGGGGGGGGGGUGUGUGACAUGACAUGACAUGACUGCUACCUGUGUCACUGUCUUCUCUGUUUCGUUGUUAGGCACCUUUGUUAUCAGCCCUGGUUUGGUUCGACACUUCAGCCUCAGUGUGCAGAGAGGGAUGUACAGUAAGUAACACAAAUGUUGAUAUUCAGUAGUACCCAUAACCACUCAUUUGAUUCAGCUUCAUAGCUUUCUCUCUCUCUCUCUAUGUGUGUGUGUGUAGAGUAUGUGAAUGCCAAGGAGCUGCCCCUUGAUAUGAGGUCAAUCACAGACCGAGCUGCUCAGACUCUCCUGUGGACCGAGCUCUUCAGAGGUGACACACACACACCACUGGCGUAAUGCAGUUUAUCUGGACCCCCCUGCAAAGUUCAGCAAUUAAAGUUGGAAAUUCAAACAUGGCAGAUUCUAAAAUAAAUGUUUGAGGCAACAGCAUAAUAAUCAGCUACAAAUUAUUUGUUUUUGAAUAUACAACUGUCCUGUAUUAGGUUACCUGAACCUGCAUGACAUGAGCCGUCCUCGCGCUCUCUCCCAGCUUGGAUUAAAUGUUGUGGGUAAAACCAGUCUAUUAAUGCCAUAUAAUAGUCAGUCCACCCUCAAAACACUAGCUUACUAGGGUUUGUUUCAUUAUGCAGUGUACUAUCUAUAGCUAUAUACCGUAUUUAGCUGCUAUUUAUAAACUUUUUAUAAAAAUGACAUCAAAUAGCCUAACAAUGAGGAAAAAAGUAGUCGGCUUAAGGAUAAAUUCAGCCACUAUUUAUUGUUGAACUCAGCGAGUUUUGUCUGGCUAGUAGCCUACACAAAUGGGCUGCAAUAUUCAAGGUAAAUUCAAUUGAAUCCAACUUGAGAGACUCCCCUGGUCUCCUGAAGUCCUCCUUUUUUGUGUGCAAAUGUUUUCACCAUGGCCUGUAGGUCCAGGUUGCGGGCCCGACUGUUUUCUAUACUGAGUAUUGCCAACCCAGACAGUCUUUCCUGAGACAUUCCUGAGUGCAUUAUAUGUCCAUUACUCUGCACACAAUUUAUAUUUAGUAUUGAAUGAUGCAUGCCAAGAUAUACCAGAGAUAAGGGACUGUUGAUAUUGCAACCACACAACUCAAACGCUGGUUCACCAUGUAUGAACGAAAUCGCAAACAGCUUUCUUUGUUCAAGCCCUCAAGAACUGUUGUAUGCUAAAGAUGAUAAUCUGUUUGCAUCUGGCAAUUUAUCGGCUGUCCUGUAUCCAGACGACCUGUCCCCAGAGCUUCCGGUAGGCUACAGUUAAUCUCUUUCCGUAACGCGUUGAGGCCGGCAAUUAAGGAGAAUGAGAGGCUCAAUUAAAGAUGUUAAACUUGCUCAUUUUGAAGCACAACUCCCUUCUUCACAGUUUUCCUGAUGUUGCUAUGGCAAUAUAGCUGUUUUUACCAUCCCUGUAACUGUCGCUUCUGUGGAGAGAUUGUUUUCUUAAACUAAAAACCAUAAAGAACUACCUAAGAAGCAUUAGGCUCUCAGUCUGAUAUGUGAUUUUGAACACCUGAGUAAGCUCCACUCAUUCACGUUUUCAGUCACAUUCCUGAAACGCAAGAAACAAACGCUUAGCUUCCUAGUACAUAUGGAAAUUAAAAAGGUUUAUGAAAUACUUUUUGUAGGGUUACUGUCAGUGAUUUAUUAAAUAUAAUAAAAUGGACAUCGAUGACAGGCGCAUGGGACCCCAGAGCUUGUGGGCCCCCCCGCCUUGCGGGGGCUGCGGGGGUUUCCGGCACACACACACCAUAAAUAACAUUUAUUUACCUGUCUUUCCCACACACUCCUCUAGGAUUGGGGAUGACUAUGAGUUACCUUUUCCGCGAGCCCGCUACCAUCAACUACCCCUUUGAGAAGGGUCCCCUGUCUCCUCGUUUCCGUGGUGAACAUGCUCUGCGCCGGUACCCCAACGGAGAGGAGCGCUGUAUCGCCUGCAAGCUGUGUGAGGCUGUCUGCCCUGCCCAGGUGACCCCAUACACAACUACUGCACCCAUAUACACCCCCAUACACACACUGGUAAUACACUACACUGCCCUCAAUACCCUGGUCACUAUACACACUAAUACUACAAACUACUGUAUGUAGGCAUAUAUAUCAGUAAUACCUGCUUGUAUGUACACUAUAUAUACAAACAUAUGUGGACACCCCUUCAAAUUAGUUGAUUUGGCUAUUUCAGCCAUCCCAUUGCUGACAGGUGUAUAACAUUGAGCACACAGCCAUGCAAUCUCAAUAGAGAAGCAGUAGAAUGGCCUUCCUGAAGAGCUCAGCGACUUUCAACGUGGCACCAUCAUAGGAUGCAACCUUUCCAACAAGUCAGUUCGUCAAAUUUCUGCCUUGCUAGAGCUGCCCCGGUCAACUGUAAGUGCUGUUAUUGUGAAGUGGAAACGUCUAGGAGCAACCACGGCUCAGCCGCGAAGUGGUAGGCCACACAAGCUCGCAGAACAGGAUCACUGAGUUGCGCGUAAAAAUCGUCUGUCAUUGAUUGCAACACUCACUACCGAGUUCCAAACUGCCUCGAAGCAACGUCAGCACAAGAACUGUUAAAUCGGGAGCUUCAUGAAAUGGGUUUCCAUGGCAGAGCAGCCGCACACAAGCCUAAGAUCACCAUGGGCAAUGCCAAGCGUCGGCUAGAGUGGUGUAAAGCUUGCUGCCAUUGGACUCUGGAGCAGUGGAAACGCGUUCUCUGGAGUGAUGAAUCACGCUUCACCAUCUGGCAGUCCAACAAAAUAAUCUGGGUUUGGCAGAUGCCAGGAGAAUGCUACCUGCCCCAAUGCAUAGUGCCAACUGUAAAGUUUGGUGGAGGAGGAAUAAUGGUCUGGGGCUGUUUUUCAUAGUUUGGGCUAGGCCCCUUUGUUCCAGUGAAGGUAAAUCUUAACGAUACAGCAUACAAUGACAUUCUAGAUCAGGGGUGUCAAACGUCCGGCCCGCGGGCCGGAUCAGGCCCGCAAACGGGUUUAAUCCGGCCCGCGAGAUGAUUUUGAAAAAAUAAAAAUAAAAUAAAAUAUUUGUAAAGUAUAAAAAUGCGCUGCAUUUUUUCAAUAAAAUAAACUGCUGUUCCAAUUGCGUCCACUGGAUGGCACAAUAGCAAUUGUGUUAAGCAAGCAAACUGUUUACACCGGGGCAGAGCAAGUAGGUCAAGCACGUGCAGCCAAUGAGCUACUUUGUUUUGCCCGCAAUAUUUAUUACGGCUUCUACUUUUAACAUUAUGUGCUUUGGCACCCUCAUUGCCCCAAUAUGUCUCUGUCAAAAAAGAGAAAAGUGGACGCAGAGUGCAGAGUGUUCCAAGAAAAAUGGUCAUCCUAUUUAUUCACGGAAUUGAAUGGGAAAGCUGUAUGUUUGGUGUGUUCAGAGCAUGUUGCAGUGCUGAAAGAAUAUAACCUUCGUCGCCACUAUGUGAGUCUUCAUGCCGACAAAUAUGACAACUUUCAAGGACAGCGGAGAUGAGAGAAGGUGAAUGAACUGUUGGCGGGUCUGAAGAAACAGCAGUCUGUGUUUACUCACAGCCGAGACAUCAGUGAUGCUGCAGUGAAAGCUAGCUACCUCAUUGCUAAUGAAAUCGCAGUGACUUCAAAACCAUUUAGUGAGGGUGAAUUUGUAAAAACAUGCAUGAUGAAGGCAGCGGAGAUUGUGUGCCCUGAAAAGCGGCAGGCUUUUGCAAAUAUCAGCCUGACAAGAAACACAGUUGCAGACAGGAUUUCCGAUCUUUCAGUGGAUUUGGACAGCCAGUUGAAGCAAAAAGUAAAGUCAUUUAUUGCGUUUUCGGUUGCAAUUGAUGAAAGCACGGACAUUACAGAUGUUGCACAACUGGCCAUUUUCAUCCGCGGAGUUGAUGACACAUUGACCGUCACCGAGGAGUUCGUGGAGUUGGUGCCGAUGACAGAUACAACGACAGCAGCUGAUAUUUUUACCGCACUCGUUGGCGCGCUGGACAGGGUCGGAGUGGACUGGUCCCGCGCUGUCAGCCUGGCUACAGAUGGUGCACCCUCAAUGAUCGGGAAAAAAGCAGGCGUUGUGACAAAGUUCAGAGAGAAAGUGCAAUCUGUAAAUGGAGGACGUGAUUUUUUGACUUUUCACUGUAUUUUGCACCAGGAGGCUUUGUGUUGCAAGUCAUUAAAGAUGGAUAACGUCAUGAAGGUGGUCAUCCAAACUGUUAAUUUCAUCCGAUCCAGAAGCCUGAAUCACCGUCAGUUUGACAGCCUUCUCAGAGAGAAAGACCACAUCUAUGGCCUGCCAUACCACACUGAGGUAAGAUAGUUAAGCCGAGGUGCUGUGCUGAGGCGUUUCUUUGAUUUACGAGAAGAAAUUGAACAGUUCAUGGAAGAAAAGGGCAAACCAGUGUUAGAAUUUCAUUCCGCAGAAUGGAUGCAGGACCUUGCAUUUAUGGUGGAUGUUACAGAGCACCUGAAUAACUUGAACAAACAGCUGCAAGGGCGCAACAAAGUUGUCACGCAGUAUUAUGACAGCAUACGUUCUUUCAAGUUGAAGCUGUCAUUGUGGGAGACGCAACUUGCCGGUGGUGAUGCAGCUCACUUCCCCUGUCUGAAAAAUGUAUGCGCGACCCAACAUGUGGCAGACAUGAAGCGGUUCAAAGAUAAAAUAACGGGACUGUUACGGGAGUUUGAGCAACGCUUUCAGAUUUAUGUUUAUAUGUUUUUAUGUUGAUGUGCUAUUGUUUUUAAUUUAUUUUAUUUUAUUUGUAUAUUUAACCUAUUCUUGACUCUGUGGUUCUUGCACUUGUUUGGGGAACAGGAUUUCAUUAUUUGUAUCUACAUUUCUGCCUGAGAAAUGACACCCUGAUAUAGUUCUGUGAUCUGUGAAACAGUUCUGUUAAUCACUGAGGCAUUGUGUGUUCUUUUUCUUUAGAAUUUUCAAAUUAACUUGAUGUGUUUUAUGAUUAAUAGUGAUGUUGUGCUUGUACUAUUUUGGACACACUGUCCUCAGGCUCCAGCUUUAUGUUGUAUAUUGAUCGUAUUAAAACAAAGAUAACAAUCUGAAGUUGUUGUUUUUAAGUUAUAUAUACCAUGAUUUUUCCGGUCCGGCCCACUUGGGAAUAGAUUUUCCUCCAUGUGGCCCCUGAGCUAAAAUGAGUUUGACACCCCUGUUCUAGAUAAUGCUGUACUUCCAACUUUGUGUCAACAGUUUGGGGAAAGCCCUUUCCUGUUUCAGCAUGACAAUGCCCCCAUGCACAAAGCGAGGUCCAUACAGAAAUGGUUUGUCGAGAUCAGUGUGAAAGGACUUGACUGGCCUGCACAGAGCUCUGACCUCAACCCCAUCAAACAUCUUUGGGAUUAAUUGGAACGCCGACUGCAAGCCUGGCGUAAUUCGCCCAACAUCAGUGCCCGACCUCACUAAUGCUCUUGUGGCUGAAUGGAAGCAAGUCCCUGCAGCAAUGUUCCAACAUCUAGUGAAAGCCUUCCCAGAAGAGUGGAGGCUUUUAUAGCAGCAAAGGGGGGGACCAACUCCAUAUUAAUGCCCAUGAUUUUGGAAUGAGAUGUUCGACGAGCAGGUGUCCACAUACUUUUGGUAAUGUAGUGUACCUGCAGUCCACAACACUAUCCAGGGUAUAGGUAACUUCAUAUACUUUACUGUGCAAUGCUACCCCAACCAGGUAACCCCUACAAAGUCCAGUUAAGUCUCCCCCACAGGUAAUUGCAUGCCCCCCUGCACAGCUCAUAAGGUUCACACUGGCUAUGUCCAAACUUAAACUGAAUACUAAUUUUAGCGUUUGAUCUAGUAGAAUUCACUCUGACUCAGGUGUUUGACAACAACUGAUAAUCAGAUCAAUUAAAGCGCUGUACCAAAAUGAAUGAAUGGCGGGAGUCAACGUAGUCGCUCAUUAGAUAACCAUUCGGAGUUCUUUCUUUGACAUUUCACAUACUAUUACACUUUCUUUAUUCGCAUACUAUUUAGUACACUGGAAUGGGUAUGCGGACACUGCCUUUAUUUAUUUCCCUCGUCCUGCUCAUUCUGUCCCCUCUCUGCUGCCACCCUGUGUCUUUCCCAGGCCAUUACCAUUGAGGCUGAGACGCGUGCAGACGGCAGCAGAAGGACCACUCGCUACGACAUCGACAUGACCAAGUGCAUCUACUGUGGCUUCUGCCAGGAGGCCUGCCCUGUUGACGCUAUUGUGGAGGUAAACAGCUGACAACCCAUCUCUCUCUCAUCUUGUCAAAUUCUAGUGGCUUUGGUCAUUUUAGAACAACUUUCAGUAGCCUAUUCCAGAACUUCUGGAGUUUUCUAGGGCUAAGGGUUUCUGGAUUUAUUUAUCUUUUUCAUGUCCCUCAGGGACCAAACUUUGAGUUUGCCACGGAGACCCACGAGGAGUUGCUGUACAACAAAGAGAAGCUUCUGAACAAUGGAGAUCAGUGGGAGUCGGAGAUUGCUGCCAACAUACAGGCAGACUACCUCUAUAGAUAG